UGGCAACACUGAUUUUCUAAUCGCUCUACUUGGUAGAAAUUAAUCAAUCCUUCGAUAUAUUUUUGUGGAAUAAUCUAAAUAAUUAAAUUUUUGUAAGAAGCGGCAAUUUCUUAUUGGUAAUGUCAGCAGAGAUAAGAUCUAAAGUAAUUGGACUCUAUAAGCAUUUGCAGUACCUGGGCAGGGAGUACCCUGGCCCGAAUGGACCACAAAAGUUCCGACAACAAAUACGCGAUGCUUUUCUCAAGCAUAAAGACGAGACGGAUCCAAAAAAGAUUAUGGCUCUAGUGGCACACGGACGUUACGUAGCCAAAGAAGUGGAGGCGCUCUAUUCGUUAAAGAAAUAUAGAGCAUUGAAGCAGCGAUACUAUGACUAAUCGAAUAUACCCAAAAAUGGACGAUGAAAUUGAUACAAUAACUAAGUCUGAAAUGUUUUUGUUUGUUAAUGUAACGCAUUGUGUUAUCAAAAAAUAGGAUGUUGAACAUCGUAAAAUAAAAAAGAGUUUUCUGCCAUAUACAUA